AUGCAUCGCAACCUCUUUCUUCUAUCGGUCUUCCUGCUAGCCAAUCCGGUGUCGGCAGUGACAUGGUACUUCCUCCGGUACUACCCCGCCUCCGGGCAGAAGUUCACCUCCUUCUCGGGGGACAUGGUGAUCCCGACCCUGCAGCAGGCCGGGGUGUACUACCUCUGGCCCGGGCUGCAGCCCACCGACAACUCGGGCGUCUACCAGAACGUGCUCGACGGCCGCUCCGGCACGUGGUGGUUCGGGUCCGGGUGGUGCUGCUCGAACCCGAGCCUGCCCUGGGGCGGCGGGUUCAACACGUACGGCGGGGAGACGGUUUCGUUCGCGAAUGCGCUUAAGGCGGAUGGUUCUGCGUGGACGACGACUGUCAUGAGGCAGAGCAAUGGUCAGAGUGUGAAUAACGAUUUUGCGUUGGCCGACAAAUCGUUCAAUCAAGUUCUCUUCGCUAUUGAAUUGUAUGACGUCUCCUGGGACUUUGGCCCGUUGGAGUUCAAAAACAUUGUUAUUACAUCCGAGGGAGGUUCGGACUCCAGCUGGUGCAACAGCUCGCCUCAAAACUACAACUCGGCCACGACUUACACCAUGUCUGGGGUCAGCGCAAGCGUCAGUGGCACCACGGUCACUUGCACAAUCCAGUCGGUCACUCUUCAGAGUCCGGCAUGA